AAGCUUAAUCAAUAAAAACAUAAAAUUUAAUGCGCAAGGAGCAUCAGAAGUAGAAACAGGAACAAAAAUAAUAUUCCUAAGGGACGACAACAAAACACAGUAAUUUUUGUACAGCUGGGGGGCACACAAUUUGCAGUAAAAUCGUGGAAAAAGGAUACGAAGUUAUUUACCCGGACACCUGCAGAAAAUCGAAGGAACAAAACAGAAAGAUCUGAUUUGGGUUCAAUUGAGGAUCAAACCGGCCUCCAGGAGAAGAAGAAGCCACAAGCAAAAGAACCUAAGGAAGCAAUCAACAAUCCGCAAAAAUAAAGAGGGAGCUUAAAAAAAACAAAAAUUUGCACCAAGCUAGAAAAAAAGAAGAACGAGGGAGCUCCGGAAGAAUCCGAGGCGAAUCCAAAGAUUACAACAAAAUGUAUAAAACCAUUAGGCACGGGGAAAAUAGUCUGCAGUACACGAUUUUGCCGCAGAACGACGACUUCCGCAUCGAGGGAAAACUUUCAGGCUCAGGACGUUCGGCCUCUACCGGCGGAGGAGCCUCGUCUUCCGGAUCUUCAACCUCUUCUCCAGGACCCGUCAAGGCCAAAGGCCAGCGACGACGGCGGUCCUUCUUCGCCUAUUUGGGCUUAAUUUUUGUGUGCACCGUGAUCAUUGGAGCCGUGCUUAUACCCUUUUUGGUUUCUGCCGAGUGUCUACCAAAUCCUACAGAAUGGUUCUUAAAAACUAAGGCGGCGCUGAUCCAUAGCUCACAAAGAAGAGGAUCGGGGGGGAGUGGAGAGGCUGUCGGGAAUUCCAUAUCACCCACAGGAUCUCCCCUGCUACAGCAAAAUGUGGGAAGAAAUGUGCAGAUUGUUAACCGGAAUGGUAUCGAACAGUUCAUAAUCCGCCUGAAUAAAACCAAUUUGAAUGCCAGUACCACCAGAAACUCCACCACCAUGUCAACCACCAUCAGCAGCUCCAGUACCAGCACCACCACCACAACUACCACGACAACCACCCAAGCUCCUACAACAACAACCACUACUACAACCAGGGAGCACCCAAUGACCACACCGCGGUAUUCGCCGCCUGCCACCACAAUCACCACCCGAAUCAUCCAGGUUCCCCUUCUGAAAUCCGCUGCCAAGAAACCCAUAAUGCCACCCGUUUUGGCCAAAGCCAAGGAACCCCAAAUUCAGAACGGAGCUGGCCAAAAUUCCAGGAUACAAGUACAAUCAGACACGGAAGAACAAUCUUCGGACUCGGGAAUCGGCCUGGGCAAUGGAAGGAGCAACAGCGCCUGGAUAAAAACGCACUGGGCUUACAUUGAUCCCUCGACCUACUUCCAAUGGACCGGCUACAAGGACGAGGACAGUGUUCUGCUGCCCGCUCUUUUGGGUUUCGCCCUCAUCGGAGUGAUUUUGAUAAUAACGGUUUGCCUGGUGGCACGCAACAAGCGCACCAUUGUGUCCUCCGUCCGCAAGCGAAAUCGCAAUGAUAUUGAGGAACAGGGCACCGAGGAUAACGCCACCCUGCUGACCGCCACCAAUAUGUCGGACGACGAUUAAUUGGAGCUCGUCUAGAUGAUUCCCAGAUAAUUCCCAAUUAUCCUUUCAAUGAAGCUUUUGUUUAUUGACCUGCUUAACCAGUCCGAAAUCGCUGGGAUAUUGCCCACUUCCGUUUUUGAGACAUGCGUAAUUUAAGCUAAGAAUGCCCCAUACUCUAUAGUAAAUAUAGCGGAUCUCAGCGCUGUCCAACAAGCCAAGCUAAUAUGCUUAAACCGAAACCUAAGAAACUUUCUCUGUUAUGUUUCUUCAUCCCUUUCUACAAAAAAAGCAAGCGGAAAGGAAACAAAAAAAUAUUUCCAAAAAUGAAGAAGACUGUUUCUGAACCGACAUGAACACAAGCGAGCUAAUUUUUAUAGUUUUCCAAAAAAUCUUUAAUGCUUUUAUAACUCGUUUUUCGAAAGUAUCUUAUUACCUUCCCAAAAUGUUGUGUGCAUCUGUGUGUGUUUGAGAAUGUGUGUGUGAGAGCUUGAUUCCUCGAUCCAUUAAGAUACAUACGUAUAAAUGUAUGAAUAUAAAUACGUAUAUAUAUGAAAUAUUCUUGAGCUAGCUCGAUAAUUUAAAUUGCUAAAUUAGAAUUAUGAUUGAACCUAAAAAUUUCCAUUUAUCACAAAGAAAUUAGGAUACUAACAGGUACAGUGCGUUUUAAAGCACGAAGGAAGAAAAAAACAAUAUCAAUGCAAAAUAUUAAAUCUUUAUUUACAUCAACAAUACUUCUUAAUAAAGGGAGCUCUUUUUAACAUAAUUUUACUCAAAAAAAUGAGUUUGUAUAAUUUGUAAUCCACUUUUAAAAAUUCUUGCUGCUCUAAGCCGCGCUGUACCGCAAAAUUUACCUAUAAAAUCGUAAGAUACAUAAAA